ACAAAAAAAAAAAAAAAAACACACACACACUAGUUUAUUCCAGCUAGCCAAACACACUACAGUUCCUCAUAGACCGAAUACAUAACAUUAGUCAGCCAAUUUACUGUAGUUUUUUCCCCAUGUAAACUGGGAAACAUGGCUUGGAAGUUCUCUAGCUCCGCUGUAUUUAUCGACGUUGAAAGCUAAGCGGCUCUCUUCAGUCGUAUCAAAUUGAAAGACAUAUCACUUAACAUUUAAUUUGUUUGAAUGUUUCCUCAGUUCGAUGUGACUUGUGAUUCGCUGCUUAUGUGUUUACACGUCAAAUAGUCUUCGAUUUUAUUAUGAGCUUUGUGAAACAUCAGUGUUGAUUGCUAACUAAACCAUUAGCCACCCAGUUACAGUAUUUAUCUGUCAGUAGAUUCACUCUGGAACUCUGAAAAGUAACGUCAACAAAUUCACCAAAAGCCUAGUGUCUUUUUCUACAAACCCAUAUAAUCAUGACUGCCAUGCGAGUGGAUGCUAAGGUUGUCAUGCUUGGCAAGGAGAGUGUGGGUAAAACCAGUCUGGUGGAAAGAUAUGUUCAUCGCCGGUUUCUUGUAGGACCAUAUCAAAAUACUAUAGGGGCUGCGUUUGUUGCAAAAGCCCUCAAUGUCAAUGACAAAGUGAUUACUCUGGGAAUAUGGGACACUGCUGGUUCUGAACGCUAUGAAGCUAUGAGCAGAAUCUAUUAUAGAGGGGCCCGUGCUGCCAUUGUCUGCUAUGACUUGACUGACAGCAGCAGUUUUGAAAGGGCCAGGUUCUGGGUGAAGGAGUUACAGAACUGUGAAGAGCACUGCAAGAUAUAUUUGUGUGGCACCAAGAGUGACCUCAUUGAGGCCGAUCGAAGCGUGCGGCAAGUAGACUACCAUGACGUUCAAGACUUUGCAGAUGAAAUAGGUGCACAACAUUUCGAGACUUCCAGCAAAACGGGAAAAAAUGUUGAUGAGGUGUUUCAGAAAGUGGCUGAAGAUUUCAGUAGCUGUGCUUUGGAGUUUAUGCAAGAGGAGAAGGGGGUGGAUCUUGGGCAAAAGAAGGACUCUUAUUUUGACAACUGCUGCCACAACUGACCUAUCACAGGAAAAACCGCUGUAUCAUAUGGUCUAUUUUGGGAUGACUGGAGGCUCCAUCUUUUAUACUCCUCAACGAAUCAACUGGAGUUUUUUUUUGCUCUUUGCUUUUUUCUUUUAUGUUUUUCUUUUAUGUUUUUUUUUUUCUUCUGGUGUGCUGUAGAACAUGAAGGAUUCCUUUUCCAGUAUUCAGUCAAUGAACUCUUUCUUUAUCAGGAACAUGUUUUUUUUUUUUUUUUUUUUUUGUUUGGACCUGAGAAUGUUGACUGAAGCAAAUGUUAACAGUGCAUGGCAAUCCAUUUUACCAAAAAGACAAGACACAAAGCAAGCUUUAGGGACAGAUGCCAUUGCAUGGAGGUGAUCGUUGCCAAUUCUCACAACCAAUGCCUUGAGUGAUUUAUCACCUUUUUAUGUUUUUUAUAGAUCUUUCGAGGAUCAUAAUGUUUACACCCUUCAUUUAUCACACGCACUCAUGUACGGACGACUUAGUUUCAUAUGUCCACACUAAAGUUUCAGUUUUCACAGAUCUGAGACGAGUUCAAACAUUUUUCUUGUAAUGAUAAAGAUUUAGAUGUUGGAGUGGAAAAUUACAUAAUACAAGUAAAAGGCAGUUUCCAAUUAAUAUCCUCUUAAAUUGUAAUGAAGCUGGAAAUUUGAUGUCAAAGGCUAAUAACUGUGGUUACUUGAGGCAUUUAUAAUAUUGUGAUUAAUCUGAUAUCUGGAAGUAUCAACUCGGCAACAACAACAACAGACAAGUGUUUCAGUUAGUUUGUCGUUUUGAUAAUGGAGCUCACAGCUUCCUGUAUCAUGUUGUUCAUUAUUUGCAUAUCUUUAAAGCAAGUCAAUGUGCAGCAUUUGAUGAAUGUGAUGUUAAUGUUUACAACGUUAUUUUUAUUAUUAUUUAAUUUUACUUCAAUGCAACCGGGGUGAGAUUUUGUAAAAUUGGGACACUAAUUUGUCAGUUGUGAAAAUGUUGUGUGCAUACUUUGUACAUACAGCCUUAGUUCUCUCUCGGUUCAUAUUGUGCCUGUAUUAAAUACUGCUCAACAAGGCCUGUAGCUACAAA